AUGUACAAAUUCACAACAAAGUUUGAUAUAGAAUCUGAAGAUCUGGAUCUACAGAAGGAAUAUCUCUCGCAUCAAGAGAUUGAAGCAAUUCGGGAAGAGAAGAAUACAGGUCUCCUCAAGGACACUCUUGAGCCUAUCAGUGACGAUAAAGAAGAUGACGCAAUGGCCUCUCAAGACCAAGCUCUCACUCAGACUGCCACGCUGCGUGUUAGAGAAAAGCAGCAGUAA